AUGGAGAGGCCGGUGCGACCAUCACAACAGCAAAGUCAAGCCAGGAAUGACAGUCCCCACCAUGGUGUUCUGCCUCCGUUCAGAGACCUGGUCCAGCGAGGUACCGUAGCAGUCUCGCCAUCCAGGCCGAAUGCUCAACAAGAAACCGUAGCUCUGGGUGGGUCUAGCAGCGGUGACACAACGCCAGGAAGUGUUGUCGAUUCGUGGCGACCUCCAAAUGGUAACCUCGAAAGGUUUGAUGCCUUCCUGGGGAAUCACUCCGACACCUACGCCCCGCUGUUCGUGGAUCAGUUGCCACAAGCAUUGGCGAAGACUCCAGCAUACGGCGCCACAGGCUCGAGCUUAGAGUCUGCUUCCUUGUCCAGGGACCAUGUACCGACCGUAGUGUCUCCAAAAACGGCUGCAGAGCAUCCAGAUCAUCUCGAUGCUGCUGAUAUUGCUUUCCUGAAAGCGAAAGGAGCGUUUGAUCUGCCGCCGACCAACUUGCAGCGUGAGCUUGUCGAGUCGUAUUUCAAGUAUAUCAACCCGGCUUCCCCUGUCGUCAAUCAAACAAGGUUUCGCGCAGAUUUCGACCGAGGGGUUGUAAGUCGACUACUCCUGUUUGCAGUAUUUACCGCCGGCUCCAAAGCGUGCCAAAGCCCCCUACUUAUCGAUGUUCGCGGAACUCGAUUGAAGAGUGGCCAACAGUACUUUAAAAUCACCAAAGCACUGCUCGACACGAGCUACGAGACAGACAAACUUACUCAGGUCCAGGCACUUCUUCUAAUGUCUUGGUGGUGGGAUAAGCACGAUGACGGUCGCAAUAUGCGUACAUAUGCCAUCAAAGCCAUCUCCGUUGCUCAGAGCCUUGGUAUGGGUCGGUGGAUUCAAUACCCGACAUCAGAUCCCGUGCUGUGUGGCUUAUGGAAGAAGGUGUGGUGGUGUUGUGUAAUUCGCGAUGCAACAACGUCGACAGCGAGUCGACUCCCCCUCUUCCUGCGAGAUAGCGACUGGGAUGUACCUCUACUAAGCGCUGACGACUUUGUCGAAGACGAUGGGCUUUCUUGCUCCGAGUCUGAAAUUCAAUUCUUCAUCCAGCUUGCAAAGCUAUCCGAAAUGUUAGGAAUGGUCUUGAUGAAGAAUUAUCGUCGAAUUCUUGCCCAAGAUCGCGACUUUGCGAUGGAACUUGAUCGCCUCCAGCGAGAAUGGUUUGACAAUGUUCCGGAAGAGCUCCAAUACGAUGUCGACGAUACUCAGCGUCAUCGCUACUGGCCAGCGUAUCUCAACAUAUACUUCUUCACUAUGAUCUGUAUUGAUGGACUGGAGAGGUCGGGCCUCAAGACGCAGACGCAGGGCAAAGAGCAGGCCUCGGAUCAAUACUGGUCGCAGGCUCGAGGUUUGGCGGCAGCGUCUAUGGUCAUCAAAACUAUACGAAACCUCAAAGCGCACGGUCAAAUAGGACAGUGUCACGGAUUUAUGAUCAACUCACUACUCUACUGUCUGAUAUAUUGUAAGAUUGAGGCCGAGUCUCCGCGAUCAGAAGUCCGAGCAUAUGCAAGACAGAAGUACUCCAUCUGCUUGAAUGCGCUGUACGAUUUCGGCCAGCUCUGGGUCAGUGCGUCGUAUCUGCACACAGUGUUUGAGGCCCUCCAACCCGCCAUGAACGGAUCCAACCAGAAACCAGGCCCAAACUCGCUAUUUGACCAAGGCGACAUGCAACCGUGGCCGUCUGAAGUCAAGAGCUCGGCUGAGAUCGGGAACAGUGUCAUGAGAAUUAUUCUUGCUGCUGAAAGACCUUCUGGUCCAUUGCAAUUGCACGACAAAGACCAUGAUGGUGUUUCACCGCCAGACCGGCAGUUGACAGAUACAAACCUUCAUCCGGUCUCUCUCGAUACGCUGCUGCAGAAUGAUCUGUCCAGCUUUUCGCCCGAUCUCUUUGGAUACAAUGGCAACUUUUCCGUCGACACGAUGGACACAGAGAACUGGUAUGGUUUUCUCAACAUGGGUGGAGGAACCUUGUGA